GGCGGGCCGAGAGUGAGAGACGCAAACAACUUUUCGCCGCUAGUGGCGAACACCGGCCCGCCGCGCCUGAGCUGUAACCCGACACCGAAGCCGCGGGAGCGAAAAAGCGGCGGCGGCGAAGGAGGAGGAAGACGGGAAGAAAGGAAGGCAACCACGCCAAGGAGCCGCCGCGGGGACAGUGACCGCCUCCAGCCGCGCCUAGAGGCGGCCGUCGAUGGGCAGAAGAGGAGCCGUUUGAGCGCCCGGCGAACUUUUCCCCUCUCGAGCGCCGGGCAGGAGCAGGCGGAUGGAGGAUGCUUCCUCCCCGGCGGGCUGUGUGAGCAAGAGGCGGCGGCGGAGGAAGCGCAGACGAUGAAGAAGAAGCUGCUGCCCCCGCCGCCGCCUCGGCUCCAUGUGCCCCCGUCGGCUGCGGGGAGUCCCGGGCCGGGAGCGGGUUGGCGGCGGAGGCGGCCCCUGUCGCUGCUGCCUUUUCUGUCCCUCCGCGACUACGGCUUCUGCAUGGCCGUCCUGCUGUUCUUCUGCCUCGGCUCCCUCUUCUACCAGCUCAACGGGGGCCCUCCUCACUUUCUGCUGGACCUGAGACGCUAUCUGGGAAAUUCCACUUAUUUGGAUGACCACGGUCCACCUCCUCGUAAGGUUCUUCCAUUCCCUAGCCAAGUGGUAUACAACAGAGUUGGAAAGUGUGGAAGUCGCACAGUGGUUUUGCUGUUAAGAAUUUUGUCUGAGAGACAUGGAUUCAACUUGGUUACAUCAGACAUACAUAACAAAACCAGACUGACCAAGAAUGAACAGAUGGAACUGAUUAAAAAUAUAAGCACUGCUGAACAACCCUAUUUAUUCACUAGGCAUGUUCAUUUCCUCAACUUCUCAAGGUUCGGAGGAGACCAACCAGUAUACAUCAAUAUUAUUAGAGAUCCCAUCAACCGUUUUUUAUCUAACUAUUUUUUCCGUCGAUUUGGAGACUGGAGGGGAGAGCAGAACCACAUGAUCCGCACACCAAGCAUGAGACAAGAGGAGAGAUACUUAGAUAUUAAUGUAUGUAUUCUUGAGAACUACCCUGAAUGUUCCAAUCCCAGGUUAUUUUAUAUUAUUCCAUAUUUCUGUGGACAGCAUCCAAGGUGCAGGGAGCCUGGUGAGUGGGCCCUCGAAAGAGCAAAAGUGAAUGUGAAUGAAAACUUUCUACUCGUGGGGAUUCUGGAAGAAUUGGAGGACGUGCUGCUUUUACUAGAAAGAUUCUUACCUCAUUAUUUCAAGGAUGUGCUUAGCAUCUACAAAAACCCAGAGCACAGGAAACUUGGCAAUCUGACUGUGACAGUGAAAAAGACCGUCCCUUCUCCAGAAGCCAUACAGAUCCUGUACCAGCGCAUGAAAUAUGAAUACGAGUUUUACUAUUAUGUCAAGGAGCAGUUUCAUCUGCUAAAGCGCAAAUUUGGACUGAGAUCUUCAAGCAGUAACUCUUUCCCCAGGCCAGAAUUUGCCAUUCCUUCUCCGCUGGAAACUGAAGAGCCAGUAACAGAAGAUGAGGGGCAAGAUGAUGAAAAGUGGUUGGAAGACAUCUAUAAAAGGUGAUGCAAGCAUCACUUUCUCCUACGGUUAACAAGUUCCAGAUUUUUCAAAAACGAAUCAUGAAAUUCCUUAAGGAAGUGCAGCAGCAUCUAGACACUUUCUCCCUAGGUUGAAGAGAAAGAGAGAGAGACCUCAUUUUGAGAGGUUUUACAUGUGUUUAAAAGUUAUUUUUGUUUUUCUUGGCUUCAUAUGAUCCUAGUGACUAUGGUAGAUUUCUGAAAAUACCAUCUCUUGUUUUAUUACAAACGUGAUACCAUUCUGUGAUGGUAUUUAUCUAAAUGAGUACGCAUUCUUAUUUUAGCACCUGGAACAAUAGUAUUACGAAUCUGUGUCAGUUUCUAAAUACUGUUAUGCUAAAAUAAUGAAGAAAAGUCUAGCAACAUUUGACAUGGAGGAAAGCUAGAAAGAAUAGUAUGAUUCAUGGAGUUUAGCAUAUUUCGUUUAAGAUUCUGUUACUAGACUGAAGAAUGCAUGGGUGCUACUUUUUGAUAAAAAUGGAAGAAAUCUUUAUCGUUUAAUUCUUAACUUGUUGCUAGACAUUUUUAAUGGGCAGAGCCAGAAUAUUGAAGUAGCUGGGAAAAGGUAUGUGGCUUGUUCUUGGUUAAAAGAACAUUUCUGUAAUGUCCUAAUUGUCUGAGCUGCUUAUCUCAUUAACUGAUUGUAAUUUUGGGAUGCACUUGCUGAAGAUAAUUGUCUCCCUCUGCUAUACAUCUCGUACUCUGGACUAAUGAAAAGCAGAUACUGAAUACUGUGGUGUUAAUUUAAAAAAACCUGGAGGUGCAUUCAGUAAUGGUUAUGGAGGUACAGAACAGGUUUAUUAAAGUUAUCAAGAGAACCAUGAACAUUUUCUCUUUUAACAACAACAGAUGUGUAGGCGUCACAGAUAUUCAUUAAGGCAAUGAGAAUAACAAAUGUCUACUUCAUAAGGUGCUGAGUAGCAGUGUCACCAUGUGUGGUACAUAGCAUGAAAUAGCUACUCUUAAGAGCAAGGAAGUUGUGGGGGAGGGUAUUUCAGAAGUCGCAUUUGGUGUUACUGCUAUUAUUAUUGCAGUUUGUCAACACAUCUCCAGCAGAGUCUCGUCCUGGAACCUGUCAAAAGCAAGUGAUAAUAUAACCCACCACAAUUGAUUGUAUUCUAUUUUCUGCUACUUUCAGGUCAAAAUUAAACACUCAUAAUUGGUUAACACUCAAUGGAUAAAUUUUCUUAUCCCUAGCUACAUUUUAAUGUUGUGUUUCCAAUGCACUACUCUUAAGGAACACACUGGGAGCUGGAAAUUGUUAAUAAAAACCAAGAUGCUGCAUUGUGUAUUUUAAGUGGUUUCUAUGAAAUUACAUUUGAGGAUUAAUGAUUAGUUUACACACUGUGGACUAGUUUUAUUUUGGGAAGAAAACUAAUAUUCACACUUUUUAAAAAUGCUCAGUUUUUUAUCCAUGUUGCAAGAGUCUUGGGUCAUUUAACAUGCUAACUUUUUCUACUAUUUUACUGCCACUUAAAUACAUUUUAAUCAGUCUAUUUAAUACUAUUUUCUGUCAUGAAUACUUUGCAAAAUUAAAAGCAACAGCUGUCAGUUGAUUUACUUGCUAGGUUUUAAUGGUGUAUUUUUUUUUUGUACCGGCAGCUUGUCUUCUACUCCCUGAAAGGUACUUUAUAAAUUUAUUUGGCACAUAAGCUUUUAAGACUCCUAGUGCAACAGGCCAUUUAUCUGUCAUGGAAUAGAUUUUAGAGUUUACUUUAAAUGAUUUAGAAGCACAUUUUCGUUUGUUAAUCGUGUGACUUAUUUAUUGUAACUUUUCAGAACAUUCCAAAUUAUAAGUUGCUCAGGAAAGGAGUUCAUUUAAAUGAUAUUGUUUUGGUCCAGUGUUUUUUGUUUUACAGAAUGAAAAUCACUGUCACAUGCCUUCAGCCCAUGACAGCCUUUUAAAACGUGCCAUGCUUGUCUGAAAAUCUCUAGUGGGAGGGUGGGGGUGGGGAGAACGGGUUCUUGGCUUAUGUGAAAAUAAGGUAGUAUAUGUGUACAUUAGGUUAGUUGUAAAUGAAACAGCCUAUAUUUGGAUGAAAUAUUAAUUAACUUAUUCACUGUUUUUUUUCAGAUAAUUAACAAUUCAUUUAAACAUUUUAUUUUAGUUCAGUAAUAAUUCAAUUCUUUACAGAACAAAGAACAUCCUUCUCCAGAUAAAGGGUCUUCCCUUUUCUUCUUACCAUGGAAAGGGUAUCUUUGUUUUUUCUUAUCAAGACAAAUAACUGCUUUGCCAGUGUCAAUUUACAGUGGGAAAACAGCAUAUGGGGGAAAUAUUAAACCCUGAUUCUUUACAGCACUACAGUUCUUAAUCCAGUUAGGGUAGAUUUAAAAAUUUAAAAAGCUUUUUUAUUAAUUGUAUGAAGAAUACAGUGAACACUUGGCACUACCCUGCCACCAUGCAGUAUUGCUGUUAGGUGGCAUAAUGUUUGAGGUACAGUGAACAGCUUUGAUUGAUUCACUUCUUUUUACUAAAUAACUUAGAUAAGGGUAUGCUACAUAUGUAGGCACUAUUUGUCCACAGUUCUCAGGCAAAUUUAUAAGACUUAAAUUAAAAAAAAACCCUUAAAAUAAAAAUUUUAAUGGCCAAAAAACCCCCACCUCUUGGCUAUAAUUUUCAAAAUGCUAUUAAAAAAUGGUACAUUUGUUUACUUUAUUGUAUUCUUAGGAGGUACAGUUGUGUUGCAGUUUAUCUAGAAUGCACUCCCAUCAUUGUGAAUCCAUGAAUGUUGUUGCUCUUAAAAGUACAUGUGGAAUAUUUUUCUUUCUACGAACAUUCUUUGUCAUCUGGCUUUUGUGAUGACUUACAUCCUUAUUGUGGUAGAAUUUGAUGAUCCAGAUCAGUAAAGCACAUUUGUUCUUUUAAGUAUAGAAAUAGAGAUUCUUCAUGAUAAAAGCAAUCAAGUCUAAUUCCCAACAUUUUAAAAGGAAUUAUUCUGAGUCUGUUGCUAGGAGAAUCUAUACUGAAUGAAUGCUUUUAUUCUCACACCCAAGAAAACUUAUUGUGAAAGGUUUUUGAAAAUAAUUGAAUUCCAUACAAAUCAAUAAAAGCCUGUAAUUCUCAAGGA